GUUUAUGCGGCCGACUAACUUCGUACUCUUAUGAAAGUUUAAUUUCGUUCUACGUUGAUAUCAGCAUGUACUUAGCUAGCCGCGUCACUGGACGUAUCUCCGUGUGAAGCUGUGUGAUAAAUCCUAUUUCCGACCCUUCACAUUUUAAUAUCUGCACACGUGAUUGCGUUCUACAAGUGAAGAGGGAAGACGUUCAAAUCAGUUUGUCUGUUUUGUACAUCCUUGCGAAGAAAACAAAGACAGAGCUGGCUAAUUAAGCAGUCAACAUAUGCUGUUAACCUCAAAACGUACCAACAGUGAACAACAAACGUUGCACUUUUAAGCGGGACUUUUUUCCAUUUAUAGUUAUGACAAACGAAAGACUCCUUUGUGUUGAAGAUGCAAGGUUUACAAGUUUUGCAUUGCCACCGACUGAUAUAAAGAACUUGGAUAAUGGCAUCGCGGAUCAAAAUCGACUGGUGCUGGACAACACACAAAAAGACAAAUCUCCUUCAGCGGUACAGCGCAUUUUAGGCUCUUUAAAAUUGUCACCGACAACCCGACGCGAUUCACCAGUAAAUGACAAGGACAAGCUGCAAGUGCCAAAAAAACCAAACGCUAAUGGUGGGUCAACAUGCGGUCACUUAACGCAUGAAUACCGUAAACACGCAACAAUAUCGACGUCCAGUUCGGACUAUCCCGAGACGGACUCCUUUUCGGAUUCUACCUACUCACAAAGCUCAGAUGCAUCGGUCAAUUCAAAUACGACUUCCACCGAUUCAGACAACAAUCGGAUAUUUCAGCAAGGUAUUGCAGCCCAAGAUCGGAUUUCCCUGAAGCAAAACAGUGAUAUUAUAGACGUGGAUGAGGGAUUUUUAAGAAGGGUUUUGAUGUUAAUGAAAGUUGUUUUAUAUUUAAGGCACAGCUUUCCUCUUAAUCUGCUGCGGAGAAGAAAGGUUUUUCCUGAGAGCAAGAAAAGAGAAAUAAAAUUUCCUGACAGUUUGAGUGUCAGUUCCUAUGAAUCAAGCGACUCGCAAGAUUCGAGUGUUUUCAGCGGGAGGAGCCCGCGGGCAAGAAAACGCAUAUCUUUCAGUCCUAUUACGUUAUUAUUUUCCGCCAUUACAGAAAAAGCAUUCACUGAGGCCAAAGCUAUUUUAGAAGAACAAGAACUAGACGUCAAUUCGCAAACACCAAACGGACAAUCGUUGCUUCACAUUGCUGCUGCAAACGCAGAUUUAAAAUGUGUUCAGCUUCUUCUCCAACACGGCGCUGACGUGAACGUGAAGGACACAAAUGGUUGGAGCCCGCUACACGCGGCAGUGAGGCGAGGCAACUGGAAAUGUGCUAUUCUUUUGAUUGAAGCUGGGGCAGAUUUCGGAGAAUAUGCGCAAGCAAGAAUUCAAGAAUACAAUCAAGUACUUCAAAUGUCUACGACCUUUUACAGAUCAGUGGAGAUUUUUGUGUGAUUUAUGAAUUUUUCUCUAAUUGCACAUAUGUAUUUCAAAUUUAUGCAUUUUUAAAAUUUUAUAUUUGCAUUCUCGAGGAUAUAUGAUAAAGUUUCGUCAAAAGCCAGAUGUAUAUAUUAUUAAUUAAAAUUGUCCCUAAUUUAUCGAAG